AUGUCCCUCCUCUCCAACUUCACAUCCACAACCACCUUCCCCCCCUUCGACUCCCUCCCCAGCACAACCUCCCCCAGCCCCUCCGAACCCUGGUACCUCGUCGCCCAAAUCUUCGAAAACAUGACAAUAACCCAACCGACGCUGAUAUGCCGCGACCGCAACAGCGCUAGCUUCGCCCUCACCUUCGAAGACCGCGACUUCUCCCUGUCGUCCUUCAAGAAGGGCUUCACGGUCGUCGUGAGGCGCGCGAGGAGGACGGAGGCGAGGGAGGAGGGGAAGAGGGGGUUUGUUACUGUUGAGAAGGGGGAGGAGGGGGUGAGGUGUCUUCCGGGGUCGAUGGAACGGGUGUUGGUUUUGGCGGGGGAUAUGGGGGAGGGGGAGGGGAAAGAGGCUUGUGGGGACUGUCAGGUUAAGGGGUGGACUGAGAAGGGUCACAAGAGUGAUUGCAAGAUCUACAAAGCAUUGAGGGAGUUGGAUGAACUCGAGUCUUGA